UGUUUUAUUUAAAAAGAUAACAAAAAAGAUGAUUUCACCAAAUGAAGAAAAAGCAUCCAACCAGAGCUUCAACAGUGUUUGGAAAGCAUCUCGAUAAAAUACCAUGAGAACAUUUUUAUAAAUUCUAGGCAAAAAGGGAUUGCAAUGAAGAUGCUCAAAUAUAGUUUUCGUCUAAUCUAAUUUGUUUUUUAUUUACAACACGAUUUCCAUAGUAACAUUUAGUUUUGAAACGUUUACUAUAAUGUUGGAAGAAAUAUAAAUAAAGAUCGAAAAAGUGAACAUAAAACUUUUGUACGGUUUUUAGCAGUAACAAUAACUUUAGUAACUAUGGCAUUUUGGUGGCAACUCAUGGUUUCCAUGGCUACCAUGGCCAAUUCUCGUAAAGUAAAGGAGGUGGUACAAGUUAACCAUCGCGGCCAAAGUCCACUUUUAGAAAACUUCAUACGUUUUUUAAUGAAUAACUGAGAUUUUUUUCAGAAUCGAGGCUUUUAUGUAUCUGGGCUCAUGUGACAGCUAACAGUUGACAUUGUUUAUGUAAAAGCCUGUUUGCCAAAAUUCAACCCGCCCAACACUUCCGGGAUCCGGGAUGAGAUCAAUAGCAGCUUAUGUGGGGGACUGAAUCUACUUGAAAUCAUCGGGCACGUGUAGACUUUAAAGUUACAAGAAACACAGCAAGGUCACCCCGAGACCUCUGAAAUCAAGUCGGCUGUUUUCAAACACAAAGCAAUGGAUUCAACAGAGUCUGCUAAAGGCGGUCUGAAAAGAUCUCCUCUGGAUCUGAUUAUGAACCAGCUCAGAAGAAAAACGUCAUUCACGGAAAGAAAGAAACCAUCCGUUGGCCGCCUUUUCCGCCCAUCCGAGAGCAGCGACAAGAGAGAGGUAGGGAUACCUGAAUUAAAAGAAUCAGAGGCCAAUGAAGGAAAAGACAACACUGAACCUAAGAAAGACAUCAACAAUGUGGAUGACGAGACCGGCUCUGUUGUGGGAUGGGGUCGGGUGAAGCAGUUUGUUCAGAAGUUGGGGAAAACCCCACACAGUCAAAAUCUUAACCUGAGCCACUGUGACCUGACAGCCACAGAUGUGGUGGAACUGGCCACCUUACUGCCGUUCCUGCCUCAGCUGGAGGUGAUGGAUCUCUCAUGGAAUGAUCUGGUAGGAGGCUCCUUGAAGGCACUUACGGCCCAUCUGCAGCAUGUGGAGAAGCUGGGGGUACUAAAGUUGUGUAGCUGCAGGUUGACAGCGCAAGAUCUCACUGCUCUUGGUGAGGCUUUUGACUGCAUUCCUCUGGUGGAGGUGCUCGAUUUGUCCUGGAAUGUUGGCGUAGGCGCAGGAAAUUUCAGGGACUUCACAGAGCACCUCCGUUCUGACAACACGCUGAAAGAACUCCGGCUGGUGGACUGUCAACUCACAGAGUCAGACAUUACAGCUCUGAGUACGGCUCUUCCCAUGUUGUCUAGUUUGAAGGACUUAGAUCUGUCCAAUAAUAAGCUCUUGGUCAAGGGAAUGGAGAACUUGACCUCUUCUCUGAGCUCUCUUCCACGGCUGAAGACCCUGAAACUGAGCAUGUGUGGACUAAAUAAAGACAGCUUUAUUAUUCUGGGUCAAGCUCUCAGAUUCAUCAGUGAGCUGGAGCACUUAGACCUGUCCUGCAACAAGGAAGCGAGUGGAGGUCUCACCUCACUGGCCACUAAUCUUACACUUCUCAAGAACCUAAGAAGUCUGGACUUGCAUUUGUGCUGCUUAACAAAGGAAGAUCUGUUGGCUUUAGUCCAGGUAGCUCCAUCUCUAAAAGAGCUCCGAGAGCUGGAUGUCUCCUCCAAUAAAAGUGUUGGAGGUACUCUCCAAGAUCUCCUGCAUGCCCUCCCUCUCCAUCAAAUAUUCAAACUCCCGCUGAAUAACUGUGCUUUGAACACAUCAGCGUGCCACGCUGUCGCUGCUGCAAUGGUGACGCUGAAACAGCUUGAAAGUCUGAAUUUAUCUUGGAACAAGUGUGUGGGGGAAAACCUGAGGGAAUUUCUGGAGCCCUUGCAGGAGUCUGAGUGCAAACUACAAGAACUCAGACUGUGUAGUUGUAAUUUAACCACCGAGGAUGUGUUACACCUAGAAUCUGCCUGCCAACGUGGUGUUCUGUCCCAGCUGAAGCUCUUGGAUCUGUCCUAUAAUGGCAGCGUUGGAGAUGGAGGUUGGACAUCCUUGUUUGGAAAGGCAAGCGGUCUGAAGGGUCUGGAGGAACUGGAUGUCAGCCUUCGUCCCGUCGCAUCUCUUUCUGCGUCCCCCUGGAUACCCUCACUGCUGGAGGCCCUUUCGCAACUGCCCUGCCUCACCCGUCUGUCUCUGCAGCACUGGGCUGUAAGUUCAGCUGAAAGAGAAAAGCUGGAAAAAAAUCUUAGCAAGAAGAACGUCGUUCUGGAAUGUGACAGUCUGGCCACGCCCACACCGAAGGCAGCAGGUUAAAAAGAGGCGUUGAGGCAGCUUUGAAGUUCAUGUCUUUUAUAUUACUGAAGUUGCAAAUCAGGAUGUUACUGAAUGAAGCGUUGAUUGACAGGUGACAGUCAGAACCAGAUUUGGUUUUACAUUUCGUAUGUGAACCUUUUUUUUAAGUGUUAGAUGUUCAUUAAUAUGAUUUUAAUAUAUUAUGAUAUGUGUUUGUAAAAAACAUGAUUGCACAAAUCAGUAAUAUAUCAAAUUGUUUGAUCGUUUAUUUCAGGUAUUUAUAUAUUAAAAAUCCAACCCAGUAACACAGAGUUAAGAAUAGUUUACACAAAAAAGAAAACUACCGAAAGAUUUGUUUAGACUGAAGUCAACAAAAUGUUUAUUACUCUUGGGUGUCAUGACAAAAACUGUGGGAAAAUUAGCAUGUGACACCCAACAUAACAAAGACUAAGUGUCAGAGCAAACCAUUUACAUAAAUGAUGUGUUAUUCACAAUUCAUCAUGGCCGUCUGUGACAUUUCCAAAUACUAGACACAAAGAUGUAAGCUGUCAAUAAGAACUCAAAUGAUAAAUAAUAAAACGCAUUUUAUAAUAAAACCAAUUGUAACCAAGAGUACCGAAUUUUGCCUCCUAAAAAGUCCUAAAUCCU